UGAGGCAGGAGAAUCACUUGAACCUGGGAGGCUGAGGUCGCGCCAUUGCACUCCAGCCUGGGCCACAGAGUGAAGCUCCGUCUCAAAAAAGAUGAGAAGCCCUUCUAGAAAGUGUAAUGAAAAGCAGGGCAGAAAAUGGAAAGAAGCAGAUACCAAAAUUCAAAGAUUAUUCCAGUGGAGUGGCCUCAGAAUGAGAAGACAGCAGUAGAGAGGAAGUUAUCCAGGAAAGUAACAAGAUGUCCAGAGCGGGUCUGCAGCCGGAGAGCCCCGUGCCCAGGAAGGGCCCUGCUCAGAACGAACAGGCUACCCUCGGGCAUGUCAUUGUGGGUUUAGCUGCUGGGGACGGAGUGCCUUACACACCCCAAGGGUGGCAAGCGGGACCCUAGCUUUUCAGCAGUGGUGCCAAGCCCAGGACAAACUCAGUUGCUUGCCGGUUGUGAGGGAAAAGUCACAGCAAUGCUCUCUCCUGAACCCUUUUCUCAGGAAGGAGGAAGUUCCCCAAACCAAGCAGGAAAAAGCGCUUUGGGAUUCAGGAAGCAAGGGGGUCCCCCCAGCAGGGGCACUGUGGGGGGGGGGGGGUCUGGGGCAAGAGGCCAAGUACAUUUGCUUGCACAGUGUGACCGAGUGAGGCAGCUGAUGAGGUGGUGAGGCCCCAGGAGGCCAGGAGUGGUGCAGGGCCAGGGUCAAAGCUGUGGGCUGACAAAGCCAGGGCCUCUACUCUGGCCUCCGUGCUUGGCCACGGGUUGGGGAGGUGGGUGGGCUGGGAAGACCACACAGACUGGCCACCUGGAAUGCAGGCAAGAGGCAGCAGGCUCUUUGUAGAGGGGCCUACUGUCAAGCCUGGAGACCACCAUGGAAGGCAGGUUGUGGAAUGGGAUGAUCUGAACACUGCUGGCUCAAGGUCCUGCAGCCACGGAAGGAAGGAGAGAGAUGUGUCCUAGAGACACGGACCUCAGCCAAGGAAGGAAGGGGAUGUGUCCCAGAGACACGGACAUCGGCCACGGAAGGAAGGGGAUGUGUCCCAGAGACUCUGGGUGUCGAGGUCUGUGGGAUGGACCUCAGAGGUCCGGGUGUGGGGGUCUCUGAGAUGGACCCAUUCGGGCAGCAGAGGCCCAUGCUCUGGCUGGGAAGUGACGGGUGGAGGUACACAGUUUGAGGAGCAAGUGCAGAGCUGUUUAUGGCGGCUCAGAGCCGGGGGCAGGGAAGAGUGACGUCCCAGGAAGGGAGCCCCACACAGGCCAGAGUGCGGAGCAGGCUGUCUGGCUCCUGUGGGCAGGGUGGGCCCUGGUCUUAGGUCCUGCACCAGCCGUGCCUCCUCCCAGUGCCCCUCGCCCUGCUGGCUGGGCCUGGGCCUUGCCUUUUCGUCAGAUCCAGUUCCAUUCUGCCGCUUCCUGUCCUCUCCCUGUUCCCUUGAGACCCUCCCCUCACUCCCUGCUUUGGGGCUGGCCCAGAGGUUGGGGACUGACACAGGGUUUCCUCCGGCUGCAGAACUUCUGGAGGUUUAUAUUCCGGAAGAAUCUGCCCUCCACUGCCCUCUGUCAGAUGGACUUUGCUGUCUUGGGCCUCGGGGACUCCUCAUAUGCCAAGUUCAACUUUGUGGCCAAGAAGCUGCACCGACGGCUCCUGCAGCUUGGGGGCAGUGCCCUCCUGCCCGUGUGCCUGGGGGAUGACCAGCAUGAGCUGGGGCCCGAUGCUGCUGUGGACCCCUGGCUGCGAGACUUAUGGGGCAAGGUUCUGGGGCUGUGCCCACCGCCUCCGGGCCUUGCUGAGAUCCCUCCCGGAGUCCCCCUGCCCUCCAAGUUCAGCCUGCGGUUCCUCCACGAGGUGCCUAGUGCGGGCUCUGAGGGGCAGCAGGUGGCUCACCCUGACUCCAGAGAGCCCCCGUCGGAGUUGCAUCCCUUCCUGGCACCCAUGAUCUCCAACCAGAGAGUCACCGGCCCCUCCCACUUCCAGGACGUCCGGCUGAUUGAGUUUGACAUCUCAGGCUCUGCCAUCAGCUUCGCUGCCGGCGAUGUGGUGCUGAUUCAGCCCUCCAACUCAGCUGCCCACGUCCAGCAGUUCUGCCAGGCGCUGGGCCUGGACCCUGACCAGCUCUUCACGCUGCAGCCGCGGGAGCCAGAUGCCCUCCUACCCACGAGGCUGCCCCAGCCCUGCUCCGUGCGGCACCUCGUGUCCCAGUACCUGGACAUCACCAGCGUGCCUCGCCGCUCCUUCUUUGAGCUCCUGGCCUGUCUGUCCCCCCAUGAGCUGGAGCAGGAGAAGCUGCUGGAGUUCAGUUCUGCCCAGGGCCAGGAGGAGCUCUUUGAAUACUGCAACCGGCCCCGCAGGACCAUUGUGGAGGUGCUGUGUGACUUCCCACACACAGCCGCCGCCAUCCCCCCGGACUACCUGUUGGACCUCAUCCCCGCUAUCCGGCCGAGGGCCUUCUCCAUCGCCUCCUCCAUGCUGGCUCACCCCUCGCGGCUGCAGAUCCUCGUGGCUGUAGUGCAGUUCCAGACUCGCCUCAAGGAGCCCCGCCGGGGCCUCUGCUCCUCCUGGCUGGCAUCCCUGGACCCUGGGCAAGGACCUGUCCGGGUUCCUCUCUGGGUGCGGCCUGGGAGUCUGGCCUUCCCAGAGAUGCCAGACGUGCCUGUGAUUAUGGUGGGGCCUGGCACCGGGGUAGCCCCCUUCCGAGCAGCCAUCCAGGAGCGCGUGGCCCAGGACCGGACCAGAAACGUCUUGUUUUUUGGCUGCCGCUGGCGGGACCAAGACUUCUACUGGAAGGCGGAGUGGCAGGAGCUGGAGAAGCGAGGCUGUCUGACCCUGGUCCCUGCCUUCUCCCGGGAACAGGAGCAGAAAGUGUAUGUGCAGCACCGGCUCCGGGAGCGGGGGAAGCUGGUGUGGGAGCUGCUGGACCGCCAGGGUGCACACUUCUACCUGGCAGGCAAUGCCAAGUCCAUGCCAGCGGAUGUCUCGGAAGCCCUGGUGUCCAUCUUCCAGGAGGAGGGCGGACUCUGCAGCUCUGACGCCACCGCCUAUCUAGCCAGGCUCCAGCGGACACGGCGCUUUCAGACUGAGACAUGGGCCUGAGCCCGUUGGCUGCCCGUGAUCCUCCUGGGAGCCCAGGAGGGCAUCGUCCUCCCGGACCAGGGGUGGUGCUUCCAGGUCCCAGCUGGUUGGGGCAACAGCAGCUCCUAAGCACAGCCACACCCUCGUCGACGCUGGGUCCCACCCUUUGAGCCCUGACUCCCCUGCGGCCUCUGCCAGCCAGCCCUCCCCUCCCCACCCUGACUGUGAGCUGUGUCCUCGUUUUCCCCCACCC